UUGCCAAAUUUAAACUCGAGGAACAGUUCACAAGAAUGGCUACCUCUAAGCUAGGCUAUGAGUACGAAUUCGUUUAUUCAAUUAAAAACAAAUACGUUUGCAAGCAGUGCAAACAUGUAGCCAGAGAGGCUAAUACUGCGACUUGCUGCGGAGAAACAUUCUGCAAAGAGUGUAUCGAAACUAUCAUUCAAGAGAAAAAGGGUUGUCCCAGCUGCAAAAACGACAGUCUAAGUUCAAAGCCUCAUAGAAAAUAUCAAGCUAAGAUUUUGGCGCAAGAAGUUCGCUGCUCAAAGGAACAGCUGAAAGAAGAAGAUGAUACUCCACAUAGCGGGUGCACGUGGAACAUGUUUCAGUGUAUGUUUCCAGCUUUAAAACACUGCCAUAAGAAAGUUCAAGGCUGCAAAUGGACUGGACAACUUCAACACCUCGGUGCUCACUUAGACCUCACUACUGGGGAUUGUGUCUAUGUCGAUGUGGACUGCCCCAAAAGCUGCGAGCAGAAAGUACAAAAAUGCAAUGUGGGCACACACCUAGCAAAAGAGUGCCCAAAUAGAGACUACACGUGUCCAAAAUGCUACUCCAGAACGACCUUUUGUGAAGCUUCUCAGCAUUUGAAAGUUUGCCAUCACCAUUUCCAUAAGUGUUUAAACGGCUGUGGAGCCAUCUUCAAACGAGAUUAUCUUGAAGACCACAAUAAGAUAUGUAGUCAGCAAAAAGUGCAGUGUGAGUUUAGAUAUGCUGGUUGUGAGGCUGAGUUUAUACGAGACAAGCAAAAGGAGCACAUUGAACAAAACACACAGAAACACCUAGCCUUGAUAGCUACUAUACUAGCUACUCAGCAAGAGCUGCAGCAAGCUAACAAGCAGGAGCUCCAAAAGCAGCAACAAAUAUUUGAACAGAAGUUUCGAGAUCAGUACGAAAAGAAGCACGAAGUUGUUGUAAAAGAGCUCAAAGAUAUGCAAGUUUCUUGGGAUGAAUUUCAAAGGAAAACAAAUGAAGAGACAGAUAUGCAGCACCAAAAACUUGAAAGCAGUCUCGGAGCCAAAGACGAACAGAUUAAACAGCUGCAGACAGCAAUUGCAGAGAACAAGAAAACCUUAGGAACAGAACACCGGUCAGACAUCAACAGUUUAAGGUUGGAAGUUGGUGCUCCACCAUACGAAAUCGUGUUUACAGACUAUCAAAAGUAUAAGAGAGAAAACAUGAGUAGUCCACUUUUGAAAGUACACUCUGGGGGGUACGUUUAUUCCCUGACGCUAUAUCCGAAUGGAACAGAGGGAGGAACUGGCUCUCAUCUGUCCCUCAAGAUAUCUCUUCCUGCAUAUUCAAAGAGACCCCUAGACCACAAAGACCAGACCGACCAUCCCUCCAGCCUAAAAAUCACCAUAGAGCUACUGAAUCAGCAUAGGGACCAAGAUCACAUUACUAGGGUGAUGACAUAUGAAUCAUCUGAUUUCAUGAGAGCAGUGAAAGAGUAUGGGUUUCCAGAACGUGUCAUGCCAGAUAUCAAAUUUAUCUCUCUAGCUGAUUUGGAAUGGAAUCCAGAUAGACAAACACAGUACUUGAAAGAUGACUGUCUCAAGUUCAGAGUAGUAAAACAAGAAAUCACAUCAUGGCGAAAAAGAUACGAGCCCUAACUCUUGUACAGUAGACAUUUUGUGAGCAUUGAUUUUAUUCGAUAUCAUUCUACAGUUUACACAACACUGACAUUGAACAUUACAUGAUGACAACAGUGUACUGUAUUGACUAUACAUAAUUAUACAUGUACAUGUCAGCAAUGCACCAGAGGGGUCCCCCAAGGUUCGAUCCGAGGACCACUACUAUUCUUAAUCUACGUCAAUGACAUGCCUAAUGCUAUCGACAAAAGCUCAAUUAAUCUUUACGCUGAUGAUACCACACUUUACCACUCGGACAGUGCCCCAGGAACUGCUCAAGAAGCGCUCAACAAAGAUCUCGAAUCAACUGCCAGAUGGAUUAAAGCUAAUGGCCUAAGUAUGAACAUUGCAAAAAAACUCAAAAUAAUGAUGACACUAUCCAGAAAAACAAAAGAAGAUCGAUAAAUGUCUCACUUGAUGGUAAAGAUGUCCCCCAAACGGACUCAGUCAAGUACCUUGGAGUGACAAUUGAUAAAGACCUAGACUGGAAAGCCCACAUGGAGCAAUUAAGUACGUCGUAAAUCAUUGGCAGCACUCUCCACAGUUAAACGCUCUAGCUCCUUCCUACCAUGCAACACCCGCAAGCUACUAUUCAAUAGCCUUGUUCGCCCCCACCUAUAGACUAUUGCUCAGUGGUAUGGCAUUCAUGCAACUCUACCAUCAGCAUGAAAAUUGAACAUAUACAGAACUAUGGAAUGCGCGUGAUAUUGGGUAAACCUCCACGCACCAGCAGCUCACCCCUCAAGGACCAACUUGGCUGGACCACCCUCCACGAAAGGCGUCAAAGGUUCAUGCUCACCCAAGUGCACAAAUGUCUGCUGAACCUUGCCCCUCCCUACCUGACGAACAAGUUCAAGCUCAAUUCAUCACUGUACAUGCAGUGGGACCCGUGGAUCAGGAAACAUCCACCUAGGCCAGCCAAAAUCCGGUGGACUUGGUCCAGUGGUCCAUGCAAUCACAUCCGUGCAGAAGGAGUUUUGAAUACUCAGGUGCUCUGCACUACAACCGUCUCCCGCUAACUUCAAAAUUAUGCCCCACCACCAAGUCGUUCAAAACCUCUCUGUAAACUCUACAAACAUCAUAGAAACACAGUUUUUUUUUAUAUAGCUAGGACCUGCAUGAAAACCUACCAUUAUGGUGGAUGCAGGAUUCCUAUUCAAAUGAACUAUCUAUCUAUCUAUCUAUCUAUCUAUGAAUAUAAUUAUACAGACACGAUAAAGCUCGGAGUACUGAUUUACAGGGUGAUUACCCAUAGAUUGAAAAGGAAGGGGAUUGGAAACGAACAUUUUUGCGUGAAACACUCUGCGUUAUAGAGCGUGGCUAAAACUACAAAGGGAUUAUUUUAUAGUCAGCAUGCUCAUUACCUGUCUUGGCUGCCAUACAAUGUGCUGUACAUAGAAAUGGUGAAAUUGAUCACUUUUAAUGUUGAAUAUUCUAAAAAGUAAAGAGAAUAUAGCUCUAAAAGGUCGACUAAGCAACGCAACCACUAUCACUAAACAAAUAAAUGCUAUAAAAGAAGGAAUAGCCCUUACUAUGAAGUCGUGAGAGGUCAAGGCCCGUGGUGUAUCUAAAAGUAUACUAAAGCAGUUUGAAGGACUAUACUGCAAACGUUUAUGAACAGUAAAGCUUAUCCAUGGCAUGAAACCAUUCUAUAUAGCACUUAGAUACAUAAUAACCAAGUCAAGCAAUGUCUUUUGCUGUUUAGGCUUCGCAGCAGGGAAAGAGAAAAGUUGACAUGGAGUAAUUCAAUAAAAACUAAAAACACAGCGGACUUAGAUAAGUUAGAGCCUGUCAGUGGUGUAAACUUACUUCUCUAGAGUAACCUCCCAGCCUCUGAGUGAUUGCUAGUGGAUAGGAGAGCUAGAAACAGUUGAAAUACAACCAGAGUACGGUCAAAACAAAAAUAAUCGCGAGCGCGAAAUCAUAACGCGGAGUGUUUCAACCAUUUACACAGGGAGGCCUGGUCGUUUCCAAUCCCCUUCCUUUUCAAUCUAU